AUGGAUAAAAUUGUACAGACUUACUCAUCUCCUCUUUCAAGUUAUGAGGAAGUGGUGGCUAAUAAGGAUCUCUUCAUGUCUACAUUGAAGAAGUUACACUCUGAAAUGGGUACAAAGUUUUGGAUUCCGAAAGUAAGAUUUAGGGAUUUGGACUUGCAUAAGCUUUUUGUCGAGGUUACUUCUCGCGGUGGAAUCGAAAAGAUAGUUAGAGAAGAGAAAUGGAAGGAUGUAUUUGAUGCGUUUAACUUCCCCAAAUCACAACGAAACCCGAUCUUUACUCAGAUCGUGCGCAGACACUACUACUCGCUACUUCACAAUUACGAGAUCAUCUACUUCUUCAAAGCUCGUGACCAGUUUCCUCCAUUGAUUGGAUUCGUCUAUGGAAAAAUUAGGAGUGCUUAUCUUGUUACUUUCACAAUGGGAUCACUGAAGCUAGAAGGAGUUCUGUUUGAGUCUACAGAGAAGAGAGUAACUCAUGAUCCAGAGAAACAGAGUUAUAAUGUUUUCCCCAAUACUUUGACUGAUAAAGCCAAUCCUUAUAAACUUUUCGAAGCAAAAAGCAAUCCUUAUAAGGCCAUAUUACAGAACAACGAGGUUGGCAUUGAUGAUGUGCCGCUGCUGCAACAAAGGACUCCAAAGAAAGAGACUGAAGCUGAUGCUUCGAUGUACGAAUCUGAGGAAGAAGAAGGCUACUCAAGUAGCUACUCAGAAAAUGAUGAGAACUACUAUUCUGACUGCGAAUCAGAGCAACGGUUUCCCAGGGAUGAGAGCGACUCAUGUGGAGAAAGCCAGUGA